ACAGGAAGGAUUCACCCAAUGAAUGAACAUGUCCGAGCGGAAGAGCUUUUAUGUGUUUUCUUACUCAGCAAGGUGAUGCUUCUGCUGCAGCAUUAAUGCCCAAGAAUGCUUCUGUUGUUUUGGAUUAAAACGCUAACAUAUUCCAAUGACAACAGCUGUCAAACCAUGAUAAAGUGAAGCGAUAUGGAGAUACAGAAUCUAUGCAUUACUAGCUAACAUAAGCUAACGGUUAGCUAACGUUGUUAUGAUGAACAGCAUCGAGGAGAAAGAUGCUUAAAACAGGCGAAAGGUGCCACUCAGGAGUGUCAUGUACAUGGAGAUGGUCACGGCUGGCUGAAGUUCACUCACUGACCCAGGUGUCAUUCAGGUUCAAAGAACAGGAGCCAUGAAAGAAGACGGGAGAGCAGUGUGUGGAGGCGAGGCUCUGUUUGUAGACCUGGACUUUCCCACUGACGACAGAGCCCUGUUCGCUGAUGGCUCCACCCCCAUUGCUAGACUGCGAGGAGAGAUUACCUGGCGACGCCCACAGGAGAUCUGCCAGUCACCAGUUCUGUUCCCUGAAAACAUCAGCCUGGGUUAUGCUAAACAAGGAUUACUAGGAGACUGCUGGUUUCUCUGUGCCUGCACCGUUUUGCUUAAGAACAAACAUUUACUAAACAAGGUGAUUCCUCCAGACCAGCCUCAGUGGAGCGACAGCAGGUUCAGGGGUUCCUUUCAGUUUUGCUUUUGGCAGCAGGGACAUUGGACUAAUGUGACCAUUGAUGACUGCCUUCCCUGUAUUAAUUCCACUCUGUGCUUCUCACGCUGUCACUCCCCCACUGCAUUUUGGGUAGCUCUGUUGGAGAAAGCCUAUGCUAAGCUUCAUGGGUCAUAUGAAAAACUGUGGGCAGGUCAGGUAUCCGAGGCCCUUGUCGACUUAACUGGUGGCCUGGCUGAGCGCUGGAGCCUGGGGGUCUUUGGGUCAGAGGAGGAGCAGAAAACAGAGCUGGAUAGUGACCAGGUCAGGAGGAGAAGGCUGGACCUGAACCUGCUGAACUCGGUGAAAGACGACUGCACGCUUAGCUGCUCCACUCACAGCAGUCCAGGAGGUGCCAGUGAACUCGGUCAGUACCAUGCUCUGAAUGUCAUGGAGUGGCUGGGUGUGAGCACGGUGUCAGGGGGCGAAGUAAGGCUGCUCAGGAUCAGAAACCCCUGGGGAAGAUGCUUUUGGGGAGGGGACUGGACUGGGAGUGGAGCAGGUUGGAGUUCUAUUGAUCCCGUCUGUGCUAUGGACUUAAAGGCGAGAAUUGCCGAAGGUGAAUUUUGGUUUGAUGAGACUGAAUUCAUGUCCCAGUUUGAUGAUGUCACAAUAGGGUACCCAAUUAGUGAGGAUGGACACCUUAAGAGCAUUUAUACCGGAAAUGUGUUGACUCACAGACAUCAGCUGUCUGGCCGCUGGAUUAAAAGCCACUCUGCUGGCGGUAGCCGAAACAACAGCAGCUACGGCAACAACCCAAAGUUCUGGCUCAAAGUGUUUGAAAAAGGAGAGGUGCUGGUAUCGCUGCUGCAGCAUAGAAAGUGGAGGAGCACGGAAAAGCACGCACAAAUGCCACUUGAAGAUAGUAACAUCACAAAGCACCAGCAUUACCAAGCGAUCGCUCUGCACAUGUGGAAGGUGGAGAAGAAGCGUUUUAAUCUGAGCCGAAUGUUAAACAAACCUCUGUAUGCUUCUACUCACUGCCACGCCUAUGAGAGAGAGGUGAUUCUCCACAAAGAGCUGGAGCCUGGAUACUAUUUACUGAUUCCCAGCACCUACCAGCAAGGAGCUGAGGCCCGCUUUCUCAUUAGGGUCUUUUCUUCUUCUCCUACAUCCCUCAGUGUCCUGAAAAGCCCAGCACCUUCACUGCCAUUAACAACAGACGGGGAGUGGGAGACCAGUUACUUCCGGGGAGCCUGGGUGGAGGGAAGCACUGCAGGAGGAAGCAGGAACUUCCUGUCUCACUGGCAGAACCCCUGCUUCCCCUUUUCUGUAUGUGAUGACCCUGCAGGGACAUCAGGCGUUAAUGUCAGGAUUACCCUACACCAGAACCGCCCUGAAAAUGACCUACAUCCAAUCGGCUUCCACAUCUAUAAGGCCCCAGAGGGAGUAUCUGAGCUAACGCCUCACAAAGACGAGGAUCUUGUAGCGAGUUGCAUCCCUCACUGCUACACACAGGAUGUGAGUCUGGAAUGCAGUCUCCCUCCUGGAUCUUACACCAUAGUGCCCUCCACUUACCAGCCUGACUGCACGGGCAACUUCACCCUCAGCCUGGCUCGCAGAGUACACCGGAAGGUGGUCAAAAGUCAGGAGAGGCUUGGGAGAGCAAUUCAAGAGGUCUCUCACAUCUCUGUGAUGCGGCGCUAGUUCUCUGGGACUGUUGCUGCUCCACUGAUGUCGGCUCACCUCCCUGUGCCUCUUGGCCCACGAUGAAAGAACCAUUUCUGCCAUCCACGCUCGCCAUGGAGGCUGUGUGUGUGCAUGUAUGUGUAUGAAUGUGUACCAUGAGUGGUUGAGAAGGCAGGCAGAGACUUAGUGGGAAUGUGUGUGUCGGGACUCCUAGAAACCCCUUUAUCCUGAACCGCUGAGGCUCAGGGCUGAUGGGCAGCCACACACUCAUCAGCGAUUAGGACAUCAGAGGUUGUCGGUGGGCUGGGCUGCUAAUGAAGUAUGACGGGACUGGCUGGUGUAAACAAACAGCCGCCAUUGAAGAAGGCCGCCAGUGCUCUUGCUCAUUCACUCACUGGUGCGCCUGCCGGCCCAGAACAAAGAGCCCUCUCAUGAAGGUCCUCACAGAGGCACAGGGGGCAAGGGGCGAGGGGAUGGUCUCAAACAGCAGAGCCAACCAAACCACACCACACCAUAACGUGCCAUACCAUGCCAGAGCUUUCCUCCCAUCCUUCAUCCCCCAACACUUCUAAUCUAGCUUGCAUUGUUUAACUCAAUACAGACACUGGUUUCCUCUAACCCACAUGUCCAAACCCUCUAACCAUUCUUAGUAACCCUGAAGUCAGACUGGACCUAUAGACGACCCGGUGUCUGACUCCAUUAAGUUCCCUUUUUGUUCCCUCAGACUCGGUCCACAGUUAUGCCUGGACCUGACCAGAAGGACACUUUGAAGUUGCCGUGAAAACAGAUGACAAGUGGAGGGUUGGAUUAGAGGGGAUGAAACAAGGGAUGCGGCACAUCAGAGGAUGGCGGUUCAUAUGAAGAAGCCGCCAGUCCUUUUUGUGGUCAAGCUGUGUAUGUGUGGUGGUGUGUGUCUGCCUGUACCAUGUCUGUUUGUGCUAAAGUCACAGGGUGGCUGAUUAUUGCUGCACUGGAGCCAGUGUUAACAGAGACUUUAAAUGGCUGUAAUUAACAGAUUAUGAUGGUACUGUGUUAUGUAUUUAUUAUGUUUGUCUGCAAGAGAAAGAAUAAAGGGUUUAAAUAUA